AUGUUUCUUCUAUUUUGUUUGAAGUGGUUGAAGCAAGAUGUCUCUGACAUAUUACCAGAACCAACAGUGGCACCAGCUUCAAAACUUGAACUGGAAAUAAACAGCAUUUUAAAUCAAAUAAAUCAAAAAUUCCCUAAAACUACUGUUAAAAUUAAAGAAAAAUCAACCAGUGCUAAAAACAGUAAAGUCUUCCUAAGAAAUCCAAAGAGCAGCUAUUGUGUUGGAGACCAUUUAACAGUACAAGUUCAAAUGUUUGACUACAAUGGAAGCAAGAAGACAUAUGGAGGAGACUAUUUAAGGGCAAGAAUGUUUACAUCAGAGCUUGGAGCAGCAGCUUCUGGCAGAAUUGAGGAUUUUCAGAAUGGGACAUAUCAUGUCCAUUUCAUAUUGUUCUGGGAAGGUAAUGUUACUAUUUCUAUAUUUAUCAUGCACCCAAGUGAAGCAUCAUCAGCUCUUUGGCGCUUUCGAAAUCAAUGGCAUGGAUAUGUAGACCAUUUGGGAAAGUUUACAAGACAACAAGAAGUACAAGAGGUAGUAUGUGGAUUUGAGCUAAACAAAACACAAGAGCUUUGUGAAUAUGGAGACCAGAGAGAUGAAGAAUAUUUUUAUUGUGUCAAACCAAACAAUUUUGACUGUGACUCUCUUACUGAUAUGAAGAGCUGUGAUUUUUAUUUCAAUUUUGUGUGCCUGAGUACCAUAUGUAUCAAUAUAUUUGCAUAUCAAAAGCAUAUUUUGAAACAAAUACUAUUUGUAAUUUUAUUUUUAAUAGAUGUUACUGAAGUAAAAGAAAAAUGCACACUUGGUAUGAAGUUAGAAUAUCCCAGUGGAUAUGUCAUGAAGAAUGUAUGGUAUCCAAAGGCAUGCAGUAUGAUGAAAUAUGACAGUUUGGAAGAACUGGGCACAUGCUUGCAAUGGAAGUUCAUCUACCUGUUUGGCGAUUCAACUCUAAGACAGUGGAUUAUGUAUUUUAAGAAUCACAUCAGUGCAUUGGCACAAUUCUACCUUUAUGAUGACAAUUGGUCACAUCAGCUUUUAAAUUUGGACCUGAAAAGGAAUAUGAAGAUAUCCUGGAAAAGGCACACCUAUCCAUUCAUCACUAGCUCAUAUCAGUCCUGGAAGGAGGAGCGCACUAUUACUCGAGAAAUUGACUUAAUUAGAGGUGAUCAUCGUACUGUGAUUAUACUAAAUAUAGGGGUACAUUUUAGAGCAUAUCCCACUUAUUAUUUCAUUAAACGGCUCCUUAAUAUACGACGUGCUAUUGAACGUCUCUUUCUAAGAAGUCCACAAACUAAAGUUAUCAUUAAGACUGAGAAUACAGGUGAGAUGAACAAAAACUUUGAAACCAUGAGCGAUUUUCAUGCUUCUGUUCAUUAUUCAAUAAUGGAAAUAGUUUUCACUAACCUAAAUGUGGGUUUUUGUCAAUGGAUGGGAUAUGACCAAUGCAUUUGA